AAAUCUUCCAGGUCUUGUUACGUUGAACGUAAGAGAUUUUAGAAAACUCAAGUCUCCCAAGCAGCAUUUGUGAUCUCAAGGCCCUUCACUAUCUUAGUCUUUCUGGUUGCCCAAAGUUUGAGGUGUUGGAAUUAUUGGGUAUUGCUCAUUUAUCAUUAUUGAGUACAUUAGAACUCUGCAGAAACAAUUUUGAGAGCUUGCCUGCGGAAAUGAAUUGGCUUCAUUGGUUAACAAGUCUCAAAUUGGAAGGUUGCAAGGGACUGAAAUCAAUACCAGAGAUUUCAUCAACUAUAAGGUUCAUAGAUGCCCAUGAUUGCACGGCUUUGGUAUCUGUUUCAAGACCAAGCAAGUUUUUUCCGAAGAAUCUUUACUUGACAUUUUCAAACUGCUUCCAGCUGGUGCAAAAUCUAUUUGAAGAUGUUGUGGAAGCUCAUCAGGGUAAUCCGCAACCUCUUUCCUUGUUUAUGUAUCUUCCUGGAAGUAAACUUUCAGAUUGGUUCAGCCAUCAGUGUAGCAGAUCUUCCGUAACUGUGCAUCUACCACCAGUCUUGGAUCAUAAGAUUUUAGGAUUCGCUGUGUGCGGUGUUACUAAGUUCAAGUAUGCACAUUAUGCAUCUGAUCUAUCUGCUCUGUGUUUUUGUACCUUCAAAGGAGAGCAUGCAUGGCGAGCGCGGUUUCUGCUUUGAUUUGCUUGAUUUGAGCAUCACAAGAGGCAGGUUACUUGAGUCAGAUUAUGUGAUUCUGGGGCACCAGUUCAGCAGCAUCGCGUCAGAAGGAGUGGAGUUCGUCUCUUUUAUGCCAACUGUGAGGAGGUGCAUAAUCUCUUUUAUGCCAAUUGUGAGAGGAAGCUAAUUGUAAGCCCGUGUGGUCCCUUUUAUCCCAAAUUUGAGGUGGUGCGUUAUUGAAGCAUGAUACAGCCGGAUCAAUUCCACUUUCAAGAACAACACUAUCAUCAUGAGAAUUCUGAAGCCGAACUUCGUGCUUUUGGCAAAUCAAUGGUAAGAGUUGCACAUUCUGAGAGGAACCGUGAAGGGUGUUGCUAUAACGAGGGUGAACAAAAUGGAAGUGAUACCUCUGACGCAGAGGAUUUGUAUUCUAAAAGAUUGGUACUUCCUGAUGGGGCAAAGGAAAACUGAAGAGAACAAUCCCUCUGUGUUGGAUUUGAUGGCUCAGUCCUGUUGGGUCUCAACACUUUCUACGCGGACCUAAAACCAAACUGUUGUGGCUCUUUAGUUGGCAUAUGCGGAUCCCAUGCUAGGUCUCUUUAGUGCUCGUAUUUAAAGCCUCGCAUUGUGUCGAAUUUGGAUGAGACGGUGGGAAAUGUGAAUACAAGCAGCUGCACUAGUGUAAAGGAAAGAGAAGAGCCGACACCCAAUGGAAGAGAGAAGUAAAAUGGGGAGCUGCUGCGUUUAAGGUUCUGUAAGAGUGAAACCAAUUAGCGAUUGUUGUAGUUGUAGAGAAACAAAUAUUUUGUUUGUAAUUCGUUUUUUCCCUCUUCUAUUUGUGAGUGUAUCUGGGUGUAUUUUGGGUUUGAGUUUGAGAGUACUCUUUGUAAUCUCCUUUUCCUUUUGUUUAUUAGUGAAACUUCCUUGCUGUCCCCGAACUGGAUGUAGGUUUACGCCGAACCAGUAUAAAUCUUUGUGUCAUUUUAA